AUGUACUCGCCUAGUAACACUCAAUUGUUAAAACUUUUAAUUUAUUAUUUCAAAAUUUUCGGAAUAGCCCCGAUUAAAGCCAAAAUCAUGAAACACAACGGGACGGUCUUUUGGACGUUCACCGAUUCAAAAUGCAGUGCAUUUUACGGGGUAAAGGGAUUUUUCAGCGGGACCAAGUUCGACAUAGUUAUCGACGUCACUCAAGAUUUCCUCUUACUUCUGACAACCACUAUCAUACUGGUGACGUACAUUGUCAAGCGAAAAAUGUUGGUUGAAAUCGGUAACAAAAUAAACAUGGCGAGGCAACGGUCGGAUCAGGCUAAGGACAACAACGAAAUUUUCAUUGAAUCUGAGCGCGCCGUUGAUAAAAUUGUCUUCAGAUUGAACUUUUUGCACAAGAGUCACCUGUUUCUCAACGAAAUAUCCCAAGAUUUGUCCAGUUUUCACUCCUGUCCAAUGCUGUUGAGUUUAAUCGAAAAGUAUUUGUCGUUGGUUGUUUAUGCGUACCACUUUUCCAAGCCUAUUGUUCUCGGAAUAAACGAUCUUACGACGAUAGAUUUGGUGCAUUGUUUAGCGUACUGGUUGCUAUGUGCCACGGAGUUGGUGUUUUUGACUACAUCGGCUAGUUCCGUAGUGGCAGAGAGCAAAAAAACGGGCUUGAUUAUAAAUUCUCUUCUGGUCAGUACAAAUGAUAAAAAAAUAGCUGAAAAGAUUAUUCAAUUUUCCAUGUAUUUGUCUUACAACGAUUUUCAAGACAAAAACUGA